AUGGCAGUUUCGUUGAAGUUUCCAGACCCAUUUAAUUUUUCAGCGUCUAAUUUGGCUUUGGAGUGGGAAGAAUGGCGGACUCAAUUUGAGUGGUUCAUCACAGCUACUCGCAAAGGCGAGAAAGAUGAAAACGUUCUGGUUGGUGUUUUAUUGUCCCUGUUGGGAAGAGAGGGCCUAAAGAUCUAUGGAACUUUUGUCUUUGCUACGGCGGGUGAUGACAAAAAGAUUAAACCUGUACUUGACCGUUACUCUGAUUACUUUGCGCCCCUCAAGAGUGAAGUGUUUGACCGUUUCCGUUUUCAUAAGCGUCACCAAAAGCCCGGUGAACCUUUUGAUGCGUGGUUGGUGGAGUUGCGUAGCAUGGUGAAGUCGUGCAACUAUGGCACUGAAGCGGUGGUCAACUCUAUUCUCCGAGACCAGAUUGUGUUGGGAGAAGCUACAAGUCAAGUCAAGAACGCCGCCAACAUCGACAGCACAAACCCAGUGGGCAGCAGCACUCUGGUUCUGGCGGAUGUCCCAAUUGUGGCCGUCAGCAUGCGAAAGACCGAUCAUUAUGCCCGGUGGUGCUCUCAAGCUGAGAAUCUGCCCCAUCGCCCGAGUUCCACUGCUUCUCGUCAGAUGGCGCCAGGUGCCACCCAAGCGGAGACGGCUGUUCGUCAGAGGCCGGCUCAACGAGGAACUUAUAUGCAGCAGCGGUUGCAUGCUGUGGAAUCGGAAGGAGCCUUGCCACAGGAAGAUGUCCGUUACCUGGAUGAGGAAUAUGUCACACAUGAACUUAAAAGUUCCGAAGACGGAGAAGAGUGGCAUGAAAGUCUCUCGGUAGAUGGCAGCAGCCCAAUUCGAUUCAAGCUUGACUCUGGCGCCACUUGCAACGUACUUCCCCUGGAGGAUUUUCGCCGUGUUCAACGAGCAGUGGUAUUGAGUGCUGGCCCCCGCGUGAGGAACUAUGGCGCGAAAGGUGGUUACCUCAAAGUCAUGGGCGUGUUUGUCGGCUCCGUGACCAGUCGUGGUGCUCAACAUACGGUGAAAUUUGUGGUAGUGGAUGAACCUGGCCAGCCGCCAAUAUUGGGCCUUCCAACAUGUAUAGCAAUGAAACUUAUCAAGCGUGUCCAUGCUGUGACAGUCGAUCAACAAGUGGAGCUGCCAGUUGUCGCGAAGGAAUUUUUGGAUGUGUUUCAAGGAAUCGGAAAGCUUCCGGUUCAAUACGACAUCAAGCUGGCUACCGGUGACAAUUUUGUGGACCCAGUUGUGUGUGCGGCAGGUCGGUUGCCGUUUCUGCUUGAGGACAAAGUAUAUGCCAAACUAGCACAGAUGGUGGAUGACGGGAUCAUCGCUCCGGUGGUAGAACCAACGUCGUGGUUAAACAAGGCGAUCCAGCGGCAGCAUUUUUCGGUGCCUACGGUGGAGCAGCUUUUUGCCAAGAUUGGCAAAGCCAAGUAUUUUUGCAGUUUGGAUGCAGCGUCUGGUUUCUAUCAGAUACCGCUGACCGAGGAGGCCUCAUACCUGUGUACCAUGGCUACUCCAAAAGGACGAUUCCGAUAUCUUCGACUGCCGUUUGGCCUAAAAUCCGCGCCGGAAGUAUACCUGCAGGUGAUGUCGGAUCUCUUCGGCGAUCUUCCCGGUGUGAUCAUCUACUUUGAUGAUUUUUUAGUCACGGGUGAAACUAAAGCGGAACUGGAACUGAACCUGAGACGGGUAUUGCUGCGGUGCCGUGAGAAAAAUUUAAAGCUACAACUCAAGAAAUGUCGUUUCUUCUUGCAGCAGCUGCCGUGGCUGGGCCACGUCAUUGGCCAUGGGACUCUUCGACCCGACCCCGAAAAAGUGGAUGCCAUAGUGUCGCGUGGUCAAUGA